AUGAAGAAAAGUUCAUCUGACUCUGAAUCCUUCAUAGAUCGCAUUCGCUCUUGGGCAAGAACCAAAGCGCAUGGCCCCUCUCCACUCUCCAAAGACUCGAGCCGAUCGACGACUCUCCCCUUAAGCAACCCCCCAUCCAACAAUACUACUCAGAACAGGUCGACCAACCUUCGAGAUGACACAAACAACGUUCCUCCCUUCCCGUCGAGUGACCUCCAUGGCAUCGCCCGCCAGUCGUCGAAACCAACAGCCAACAACGUCGCCGACAAUACCUCAGACGAUCCGCCGCCGCCAGCUCCACCUCCGGAAACUGCUGGGGAGGGGACUGUCAUAGAAGACGACGAACCCAAGAAACAGAAUGUCGGGAUGCGCUUUUGGUUUACUACAAAGGACAUCCUCUUUUCCAGUCCUAUCAACAUAUUACUGGUCUUUGUACCUGUUGGCAUAGCUUCGUAUGCAGCUGGCCUCUCACCAGGUAUCAUAUUUGGAAUGAACGCAAUUGCUAUCAUCCCACUCGCAGGACUUCUCAGUCAUGCUACAGAGAGUGUGGCGAAGAGAAUGGGUGAUACGGUUGGUGCACUAAUGAAUGUUACUUUCGGCAAUGCAGUAGAGCUCAUCAUAUUCAUGUAUGUCUACCUCAGAAGAGAUCAAGACAAGAAAGAGCGAGAAGCCCUCUUAAAGGCAUUAUCAUAUCAAUCGAGUCCCAUAUCAUCGGGUGAAAUUCGUAUCGUGCAAGCUUCAUUACUCGGUUCCAUUCUUGCCAACUUGCUCUUGAUUCUAGGCAUGUGUUUCUUGAUUGGUGGACUUCGUUUCCGUGAACAGAUCUACAACAGCACUGUCACGCAAAUGAGCGCAUGUCUACUCAGUUUGAGCGUGAUGAGUCUACUGCUUCCUACUGCCUUCCACGCCUCGUUCAGUACUCUACAGGCAGACAAGGCGACAAGCGCUGUAUUGAAAGUUAGUCGUGGUACCAGUGUUAUCCUCCUUCUCGUCUAUGGAAUGUAUCUUCUGUUCCAACUCAAAUCGCAUGCGUACAUGUAUGAAAGUACACCUCAGCAUAUCAUCGACGAAGAGUCUGCUCCUGGUCCUGUAGCACAAUGGAUGGAUUCAUCCUCUGAUGAUUCGUCGUCAUCGUCCAGCUCCGACUCCGAUGGCUCCAGUGGUUCCAACACAACUGCAAAGCGCAUCAAGAGAGUCAUGAGAGGUGGUCGACGUCGCCGCAAGUCCAGUUUCGGAUCCAAAGACACCGCCGAUAUCGAAGCAAGCCGCACACCCUCGUUCGGCAACAGCUCCAUGACACCUGUCCAUGCUGAUCACUUCACCGACGAACCCACGUCAACGGGACAUCGCUUUGGAGCAAUCGACAUAGCUGAAGAUGGUGACGAUGAAGAUCCUCGUCGGAGCCGCAAAAGUUCAAUCAGUAACCACGCCCUUACGAAAAAGGAACGCCGUAGAGAGAAAGAGCGAAAGCGCAGAGAGAAGAAGCAACGCAAGAAGGCACGCAGAAACGGAGAUGAUACCAUAACCGAAGGCGUCGCCGAGAAUAACGGAGUAUUCAACGAAAAAUCCCCUGAAGAAGCUGACGCUCCUCGUCGUGUCGACUUUGCCGUCGCUACCGCUGACCCUGGAAGCGAAUACCAAACCGACACCUCGCAGAAACGCCGCUUCAACAUCGCUAGUAUCCGACCUGCUAUCCCCAAGACGUUGUCACAGAAUGUAUUCAACACCCCUGCAGUUCCAUCUCCCGCUCCACCAUCUGGACCAAUCCCUCGCGUCCGUUAUGGAAUCCGUCGCACGAAUUCUCUUCCGGAUCGCUUGAACGAAACUAUGACACCCACGCCGUCAAAUCAGCGUAUCCAACCAACCCGUGUCGGAUCCCUCGCUGUAGCAGAAAACAAGAAAAAGGACGGCGAAGAAGAAAACAUUUCUCGCACGACCGCCGUUGUCCUGCUCCUCGUCUCAACCGGUCUAGUCGCCGUCUGUGCCGAAUUCAUGGUAGACAGCAUCAACGCUGUUGUAUCUGGCAACUCCGCGCUCAGUGAAACGUUCAUUGGAUUGAUCAUCUUACCUAUUGUAGGUAAUGCUGCAGAGCACGUUACUGCUGUUACAGUAGCAAGUAAGAAUAAGAUGGAUUUAGCCAUUGGUGUUGCAGUCGGAUCUUCUAUCCAAAUUGCACUCUUCGUAACCCCCUUCGUGGUCCUCCUCGGCUGGUGCAUGGGCAAGGAAAUGUCUCUCUACUUCACACUCUUUGAAACAGUCUCCCUCUUCGUCUCAGCCUUCAUCGUCAACUUCUUGGUUUUGGACGGACGAAGCAAUUACCUCGAAGGAGCACUCCUGUGCGCUGCUUAUGUGAUUAUCGCUGUGGCGGCUUUCUUCUAUCCUGCUGUGAGCGAUCAGAGUAAUCUUGGUGGAAACGCGGAUGCGGCGAAGAUGAUGAUUAGGAGUUUACUCCAUAUCUAG